AUGACCUCUUUUUCCUGCCCCCUUCCUGGCCGGGAUGCCUCCAAAGUUGUCUUCCCGAACCUCGCCCCCGCCUCAUCCGUAGUGGCUGCCUACCCACUUGGCCUGUGCCCCGCAACCGCAGCCUCCCCCGAUUUAUCCUACUCCGGGCCGUAUGGCCACCUUCUGCCCUACUCCUACACCGGGCCGGCGACCUCGGGAGACUCCUACCUGCCCUGCCAGCAACCUAUGGCACCAUCUCAGCCCUUCCGCGGUCCCGCUGAACACUCGCAGGAAGCCGAGGCAGAAUCGGAGAAGCCAUGGCUGUCCCCAGAGCAGCACCUGCAGACUCCCACUAGGAAGCUUCGCAAACCAAGAACCAUCUACUCAAGCCUUCAACUGCAGCACCUAAACCAGCACUUCCAGCACACGCAGUACCUGGCGCUGCCCGAGAGAGCCCAGCUGGCAGCACAGCUUGGCCUCACCCAGACCCAGGUAAAGAUCUGGUUUCAGAACAAACGCUCCAAAUACAAGAAACUGCUGAAGCAGAACUGUGGGGGACUGGAAAGAGACUUCCCCAGCAGACUGCCCUCCCUGGCUCCCUGCUCUCCUCGCCUUCCAUCCCUGUGGGAUCUACCCAAGGCAGGAACCCUGACCACUGGUGGCUCUGGCAACAGCUUUGGAGCCUGGUACCAGCGUCACUCCCCAAAUGUGUUGGCUUCAUCUCAGAUGAUGUGA